UUCCUAUUUUCAUUUUCUGGGAAACGGCCUGUGGCGCAGGCAGAGAGAGGAGGGAAGGAAUGACCAGCACACACAAGUGCAGAUGGAGUCUGAUGUGUAAGGCUUAGAACAGCUUUUGUGAUUCACAGUAAGUUUUGACCUGCGUUUCCAGGUUUUUGUCUUUUCUACCACAAGAUGUCUUUAAGCUCAACCGAAGAGUUCAGUUCUCCAGUUGUCAGCAAUCUGAGGAUUGUUCUGCUGGGGAAGACUGGAUCAGGAAAGAGUGCGACAGGGAACACCAUCCUGGGACGAAGAAAGUUUAAAACAGAGCACAUCUCUUUGUCUUCUGUGACAGUUCGCUGCAGUAAAGAAAGUGGACAUUUUGAUCAAAGAACUGUGAAUGUCAUUGACACCCCCGGAAUUUUUGACACAUCGAUGACAGACCUCGAGCUGAAGACGGAAAUAAAGAAUUGUAUCCUGCUGUCACUCCCAGGACCCCAUAUAUUCCUGCUCGUGAUCCGACUGGAUGGACGGUUCACAGAUGAGGAGAAGAAUGCCGUCAAAUGGAUCAAAGAAAACUUUGGUGCGGAAGCCUCCCAGUAUACCAUGGUGCUUUUCACCAGGGGUGAUAUGCUCAAAGGAAGGCCAGUAGAGAGUGUUCUAAGCCAAAGUCCUGAACUCAAGGAGGUCAUCAGUGACUGUAAAGCUGGGUACAUGGUGUUUGACAACGAACGCAUGGAAAAUCACACUCAGGUGGCGGAUCUCCUUGAAAACAUAGACAGGAUAGUGCAAUUAAAUGGGAGUCAUUACACCAGCAGCAUAUACGAAGAGGUACAGAAAAAGAGGAAAAGCAAAGAGUGGUGGAAAAAUUGUGGCGACACUAUGAACGCUGCAGGUUCCCAUCUGCUAACGGCAGCAGCAGCAGUCAUAGUUGCCCCUGCAGCAUGUGCCGUUGUAGCAGCAGAGGAAGCAGUGGCUCCAUUGGCGUGGUCAUGUUUAAUGUUGGCAAGUGCAGGAGCUGCUAAUGUCAUCGGGAAGUGGAUCAAACCUAACGCACACGACAGUUAAGUCAUGUCAUAGGGGAGUCAUUUACUGCAAAUACAUGAACCUGCUUUGCAUGAUGAACCAACCUAUAAUGACACAUUUUUUAAACGUUGAUUAAAUGUUGCUUUCAAACCUGAAUAUCACUUUGAGUUGGAAAAAAAAAAACUUUUCUGUUUGAUUUGUAAUGAUGAAAUAAAGCCAUUUUAUGACAAGUU